UGACAAUUGACUGAAAAAUUAUUCUGUUUAUUUAUUCGUAAUGUAAAUACCAAUGAAUCAAAAUUUUCAAUUAAAAUCAAUUAUUUAUUAUUUUAUAAAGUGUUAUUUGUCCACUAGAUCGUAUUUUUAACCAAUUUUUUUAUGUUAACAAAUGAAAUUUUGUGAAAUGAUUUGGAAUCCAUUGUUUUCUAAUAAGUACUAAUACUUUGUUUACAUAAAUGUGCAGAAUUUUGAAAAGGCAGAGUUUUCGAUGAGUGUUACUUGAAUUGAGGUGUUAUAUAUUAGUAAAGACAAUGGACGGACUAACCAAUAUACUGAAUAAUAUAUUGAAAGUAGAUAGUAUCGAGGAAGCUUUUAGUUGCUUCUUAGUCCACAGACCAUCUACAGCAACAGACUCACGUGUGCAGCAGGAGUUAACGAAUGUAUUCAAAACAAUUUCUCCAGAUCAAUUAGACUAUGCUAUUCGACAUUAUUUGACUGUUACAUCUAGCUCAUCCCGAGAUAGGAUGAAGUCUUUAAUAAAUCUACUAGAAUCUGUUGUGAGAAGUAAUGGUGUUGAUGCAAGAGCUGUUUGCGAGGUUCUUACAACACAUGAAAAAUUAGUUAUAAGCAACCAUGAUUUUUGGAUAGAGAGUUUCAAACUUUUACAUCGAAUAAUUGAUUUAGUGAAUUAUAAAGGUGUUCGUGAAAUAAUUAAGGGAUGCUUUGAGAAGGUUAAAACAAUUCCUCAAAAAUUAAACUCAGAUUUGCAACCUAAAGCUAAAGUACUUACUAUGGUUAUUGAAAAAAUAGUAGAUAGAGAUGCCUGCCUACUUCCUGGCUACUUACUGAUAAAUGAACUUAUAAAAUCAUAUCCUGAAUGUCCACACUGGUGUCUAUCAUCACUAUUUUCAAAUUAUAUAGAUAGCUUUAGAGAUCUUGUCCAAAUGGUCACAAUUGUAGGUAUGUCUGAAAUGCGGCCAGUAGUAGAACACAGCGGAUAUCCGCCAGAGCAUCUGAUGAAUCCGUGGAAGUUAGAUCCAAUAACUCUGAAAUUAAGUUUGAAAGGUAUACUACCAUAUCCUCCUGAACUUUUAGAAAAGCAAACUGGAUUAUUGAGAUAUGUAUUAGAACAGCCUUAUAGUAGGGAUAUGGUUUGCGGUAUGAUGGGCUUGCAAAAACAACAUAAAAUGAGGUGUGCUGCUUUGGAAGAGCAAUUAGUUGAACUUCUGAUAAUGGCAUUAGAGAGGACAGAAAGCGAAAGUGACGAGUCUGCGACACAAAGAUUGUGGCUUCAUUUAUCAUCACAACUUAUAUAUUUUGUAUUGUUUCAAUUUGCAAGUUUUCCAAAUAUUGUGAUGUCUUUAAGGUCAAGAUUACAAGGUAGGGAUUUCAAAAAAGGCAGGGACGACCUUAUGUGGGUGUUGCUCCAAUUCAUAUCAGGUUCGAUCCAAAGAAAUCCAUUGGCCAAUGUCCUUCCAGUCCUUAAACUUUACGAUCUCCUAUUUCCUGAGCAAGAAUCGACCUUGCCUAUUCCCGAUCUCAAAAAUCCAAAGUGCACCCGACAGAUGGCCAUGAUCUGUAUUUGGAUACACCUCAUGAAGAAAGCCCAACAGGAAGGUUCUAAUAUCGUUUGGCCAGUUCCACCGAAACUUCGAAUACAUUACGACUUCCUGCAACAUUUAGUUUCUCCGAACAACCAAUCAUUAGCAAUGGGAAAUGACUUCAGGAUUACUUUACUGUGCAAUGCGUAUUCUACAAGUGGUGACUACUUCAGUAAACCAAUGGCGGCGUUGGUAGAGACUGUACAGGGUGGACCCACCAGUCCACCAACGGCGCCUUUGAGCAUGGCGGUUUUAGAUUCUUUAACGGUCCAUGCGAAGAUGAGUCUCAUUCACAGUAUUGUCACUUAUGUCAUAAAACUGGCUCAGGCUAAAUCUCAGAUGCCACUGGCUCCAGCUCUAGUUGAGACUUACAGUCGUCUUUUAGUUUACACCGAAAUCGAAUCGUUAGGUAUAAAGGGAUUCAUUGUUCAAUUGCUCCCAACCGUUUAUAAGUCACAUGCCUGGGGUACGCUCUAUACCCUCUUGGAAAUGUUCAGCUACAGAAUACAUCACAUACAGCCCCACUACAGGGUUCAAUUACUGAGCCAUUUACACUCACUGGCAGCAGUGCCGCAGGCAAAUCAGACCCAGUUACAUCUGUGUGUUGAAUCGACUGCCCUGAGGCUUAUCACAGGUCUGGGAAGUGGAGAGGUUCAACCCGAACUGUCCAGGUUCUUGAGCGAACAGAAGUCUCUAGUAUCCCAGGAGUCUGAAGAACUGAACAGGGCCUUGGUUCUGACGCUUGCCAGAGCUACUCACGUUACAGGUGCAGAUGGAACGUGGUGCAACGAGCUCCUAUCCACGAUAGCCCAAAGCACUCCUCAUGCAUGGGGUCCGCACACUCUGGACUGUUUUCCAAGGCCACUUGCCGAAUUCUUCGCUCAGCACCCAGUGCCGAAGGAGAACAAACAGCAACUCAAGAAAGCGGUGGAGGAAGAAUAUAGAAAAUGGGCCUCCAUGAACAAUGAAAACGACAUGAUGACUCAUUUUGGUGUUGCUGGGGCUCCACCGUUGUUCUUGUGUUUGCUUUGGAAGAUGCUGCUUGAAACCGAUCAUAUCAGUCCGAUUGCUUAUAAGAUUUUAGAGCGGAUUGGAGCCAGAGCCCUAUCAGCCCACCUGAGGAAGUUCUGCGACUGCCUAGUCUUCGAAUUCACCAAUUCCCCAGGAGGCCAACAUGUGAACAAAUGCGUAGACACUAUCAAUGACAUGAUAUGGAAAUAUAAUAUUGUAACUCUGGAUCGCCUGGUACUAUGUCUGGCCCUUCGAAUGCAGGAAGGCAGUGAGGCUCAAGUUUGCUCUUUCAUCAUACAGUUGGUUAUCCUGAAAGCUUCAGAGUUCAGGAACAGGGUGCAGGAUUUUGUUAAGGAUAAUUCACGGGACCAUUGGAACCAAACAAAUUGGCACGAGAAACACUUGGAGUUCCAUCGGAAAUACCCCGAGAAAUUUGCCCCUGAAGAACAAUCAAGCGGAUACAACCCAUACUUUGGCAAUGUAUGUCUCAGGUUUCUUCCUGUACUGGACAUAGUCGUCCAUAGGUUUCUGGAGAUAAUACCGGUCAAGAAGAGCCUGGAGAUUAUACUAGAACAUAUCGGGUGUCUCUAUAAGUUCCAUGAUCGUCCCAUGACUUACCUGUACAACACUCUCCAUUACUACGAGAAGAUUUUGAGAGACCGACCACCUUUGAAGAGAAGACUGGUGGCUGCAGUCCUCGGAUCGUUGAAAGAAACCUUGUCGGAGCCUUAUCAGAUUUUCUUGAAGCGUGGGGCUGACGAAGUCUGGGUGCCAGAAUUGGAUUAUUAUAUUCAAUUGGUGAAGAGAGUUGUUGAUACUAUGAAUGGUACUUUGGUGAAUACAACGACCGAUUGGAGAUUCAACGAGUUCCCGAAUGCUGGGGCCCACAUGCUGUACACGACUUGUGUUGAACUUAUGGCUUUGUCUGUAGGUGCCACUGCCGUGGCCAAUGGUUUGUUGGAUGUUGUGUUGAAGGGUUAUGUAUUGAUACCGCAAGCUGAUAUACAUCAAUGGAUCAACGCAAUUGGCUUGAUAUUGGCAGCCUUACCUAUGAGCUAUUGGAGUGUACUUCAUGAUCGGCUUAUUCAAACCAUGGGUAAUCUGACAAGCUGGCCAUUUGAUUGUAGCGUUUUCCGGUUAUUCGACUUCAAUGAAACCCACAAUGGACUGCUUCAUAACGAAUUCAGCUAUUCUAUAGCGCUGGCCCAUUCUGUGUGGCAUCACGCCGGUCCAGGUCAAAUUGCCAGCGUUCCCAAAUGGGUCAAAGACAACCUUUCCAGUGUCGUCUUCUCAGAAGAACAAUUAUUGUUUGUUUAUCAUCUGGUUAGUCCUUUCUUACAGAGAUUCAGCAUGAAUGUGGUGAAGGACUUGACCCUCACCCUGUACGAGCUGCUGGCACAAGUGGAUAAUACACAGAAAGAACUGAAAUAUGUGGAUCCAAUUUGCGAUCUUUUGUACCAUAUAAAGUAUAUGUUUGUCGGUGAUUUUAUGAAGAAAGAGUUAGAGGCUGUUGUCAGAAAGAUGAGGCAAAUGUUGCAAGUUAGGUUGAGGUUUAUUGCCCAUUUGACUAAGGAGGAAGUCACUUCUUGAAAUUGUGUUUUUUAUAUUUUGUGAUUUUUUUAAAAAGAUUUUAUUUUAAAUAGAUUAAUGAAAAGUA